UGAACUCCAGUUCUUUAGCGGGCGGAGACAGAGGGAGCUGCCUUGCAGCCAACGCUGAGGGUAAAAUCACCCAGAGGCUGCUUAGUGCUGAACGAAGUCUAGCUGCUUUCUAGCUGCCUUUCACUCACCAAGGACUUUUUAAAACGGGCUAAACGGCGCAGUGAGGAAUGAAUUUGCAAUGAAAGACUCGGGAGAACCUCUGGGGCUUUUUCCGGAGCGCUUCCAGCCUCCUGGGGGAUAAAAAGGAUCGCUGUGAAUCCCUGACUUCCCUGGAGGAGCAGUCAUGGCCCAUCUGCAGCACACCGACCUGUCAUAUGCGUGGGAAAAGUACAUGGACUGCAGGCUGCAGGGAGCUGAUCUGCAGCUGUUGAAGUGUCACCCUUCCUGACCCCGAUCAGCCUUCAGAGUCUGGAGAAUUUCCUCUGUCUCUUCCACUACGUGCAGCACCACCCCGAUAGCGGCACCAAAGAUGCACUAAAAUUCUGCUCAGACAUGAGUGGAGCCAGUAACACACUGGCCAGGGAAUUUCUGACUGAUGUUCACCAGCUAUGCAGUGCAGUGGCCCAGAGAGCUGAGGCACGGGAUGAAGAUGAGGAGGAGAGUCACAUGGUGGCGCUGGGCGAGUACCUGGUCAGGGGACGGGGCUUCUUGUUGCUUAGCACCCUGGAUGCUAUCAUUGAUCAGGAGCUGACUUGUCGAGAAGAGCUGCUAACUCUGCUGCUGUCGCUGCUUCCUCUGGUCUGGAAGAUUCCUGUUCAAGAGGAAAAAGCCCCAGAUUUCACCCUGCCAUCCCUAAUUGAAGUAUUCCUUAGCCGGGAGGUUAAGGCUGUUCCACUCAGGACAGGCCAGAAAGCUGCCACAGAUGAGCAGAGCUCUGGAAAGAGGUCCCGUGUUGGCAGCGGAACCUUGAAGUCACGGAGAUCACGCAGGACGUUGCAGAGAUAUUCUGUGAAAGAUGCUCGCAAGUCCCAAGUCUCCACUUCAGAUUCAGACGCCAACUCUGAUGACAGAACGGUUGGGGGCUCAAGUGGGGUGAGGAGCCGGAGACCACACGGGUCCACUGUCCAGGUGAGCUGUCAGUAUCAUCGCUCUGAGGCCUCGCACUUGACAUCUACCGCCACCAACACUACAGAAACCAUGAGUGCACCGUAUCCCCACCCAAGAGCCCCUGGAUCUCAGAUGGUUGACAAUGAAACCUUGACUGACCCGGCUGCAAUAUCCAUUUUCAACCGCAUGGAGAACUCGCCCUUUGAUCUGUGUCACGUGUUGCUUUCUCUGUUAGAGAAAGUAUGCAAGUUUGACAUGAACAUAAGUCACAACCCCGGUCUGGCCAUCAGUGUCGUACCAACGCUCACAGAGAUCUUGACGGAGUUCGGGGACUGCUGUGGUCCAGGGGGGGGACGGGGAGUUGGGGCUGAAGAACUUGCUGGAGGAUGGACAGAGGAGCCGAUUGCACUGGUUCAAAGAAUGCUACUACGCACCAUCUUGCACUUGAUGUCUGUGGAUAUAAGUCAAAGUGACAAACUUCCAGACAGCCUGAGACGAAGUUUAACAGACUUGCUGCGAGCAACCCUCAAAAUCCAAAGCUGUUUGGAGAGACAGAAUAACCCUUUUGCCCCACGUCAAAAAAAGACUUUACAGGAGGUCCAGGAUGAUUUUUCCUUUUCCUGUUAUCGCCACAGAGUUCUGCUGCUUCCUGAGCUUUUAGAAGGAGUACUACAAGUUCUUCUGAGUUGUCUCCAGGCUUCAACGUCCAACCCCUUUUUCUUUAGCCAGGCUCUUGAGCUCAUUCAUGAAUUUGUCCAGCAUCGUGGCCUUGACCUCUUUGAGGCCACAGUUCUCCGGUUGGAAGGACUCAGCAGGACAAGUUCUGACGUAGGCAGAGAGGCUUCAGAGCGGUUACGGGCUCUCAUUGCAGGCGUCUUCAAAAUAAUCAGUGCUAUCAAGAAAGCAAAGUCAGAGCAGCUUCACCAGUCAGUUUGCGCGCGUCGCCGGCACCGUCGCUGCGAGUAUUCCCAUUUCCUGCAUCACCACAGAGACCUGUCAGGACUGCCUGUCUCUGCCUUCAUGCAAACAGCCAGACGCAACCCCUUUGAGGAGGAUGGGGAGAGCUCAGAAGGAACUGAGGGUGAUACCGUGCGUUACCCGGAGAGAUGCUGCUGCCUAGCUGCCUUCGCCCACCAGUGCUUGUGGCUCCUGCGGCGCCUCUCGCCCAGUGGGCCAUCUGUGCUCCAGGUAUUAGCUGGGAUUCAAGCCGUGGGAAUCUGCUGUUGUAUGGACCCUCGCUCAGUAGUAGGACCUCUUUUACAUGCUUUCCAAGCUCCAGGUCUUCGUAGUUACCAGUCCCAUGUGCUGUGUGUCCUCUGUCGGCUGAUUUUAGACCAGCUCGGUGGGGGUCAGCCUUCAGAGAAAGCUAAACUGGCCUCUUGUAAUAUCUGUACUCUGGACAGCAGCCAACUUCCAAGUCUGGAGGAGACAUUGCAACAAGGAGAACCUUCAACUGUUUCUAGCAGUUUUUGUUACCGCUCCCAAGGCAUCCUGCCUAGUGGAGGGGGGGCUGAGGACAUGCUGUGGAAGUGGGAUGCCCUAGAGGCCUACCAGGAGCUAGUAUUUGGGGAGGACUGGCAGCUGAGCCAGCAGAUAGCUGGCCAUGUGUGCCAUCUAACACUACGGGGCAAUGCUAUAGUGCAGUGGCAACUUUACACGCACAUUUUCAACCCUGUUCUGCAAAGAGGGGUUGAGUUAGUUCACCAUGCCCAGCAGCUGGGGGUUUCUACCGUCUGCACUCAGGUCUGCAGCUACCACACACAGUGCCUGCCUGUGGAGGUCCUACUCAUCUACCUGCAAACAUUACCAGCACUUCUCCGAUCAAGAGUUGUCAGAGACCUUUUCAUCAGUUGUAAUGGCCUUAAUCAGGUGACGGAGCUCGUCUACCUUGACCAGACUCGCUCUUUGGCUUUGAAAGUGUUUGAAACUCUGAUAAUAGGAACUGGACAUCAGCAGGGUGAUGGGCUUCUUCAUGAACUAGAGAGUGCUGACGCCAAAGAAAGGGAGGCUAUCCUAGGCCUGGCUGAGGAACUGGGGUCCCGGGGGGUCGGGGAAGGCCCACAGAGCCUCAGCAAGUUCUAUGAAGGCCUAAAGGAGGCGUAUCCACGUCAAAAAAGCCGUACUGGACAGAACCACGGAAGAAGUAGAACUGAGACCCACCUACACGUCAUCAACCUCUUCCUUUGUGUGGCCUUCCUCUGUGUCAGCAAAGAGGCCGAUUCUGAUCGGGAUUCUGCCAAUGACUCUGAAGACACUUCAGGUUAUGACAGUACAGCAAGUGAACCUCUUGGAGGACGCCUGCCUUAUCUGUCUCCAGACAGUGUUGCUUUGCCCUCUAAAGAACAGCUGCGGCGUGCUGCAGACGUCUGGUCCGUGUGUCGCUUCAUCUAUAUGGCCAGCCCUCUCUUCCAAAGGCAGUUCUUUAGACUUGGUGGAUUGGAUGUGUGCUUGCGCCUCAUGGCAAUGGUUAUCCAAAAACUCUAUUGUAAGACCAAAGAUGGGAAAGCAAAGAAGAAGAGAGAGGGUAAAGGGAAAGGCAGCCCAGACUCUACAGCUCAGGUUGCUUCUCUAGGAUCUGAAGAUCCCUCCUGUGAGUCAGGAGAUUUCCAGAGUGUGGCUCCGACUGAGGGGAAGACCAAAGAUCCAGGGAAGAGGAUGGAUGACCAGUGGCAACUUCAAAGUAUCCGUCUUCUUGAGGCCUUGCUGGCCAUUUGUCUGCACAGCUCUAACUCGGCCAUGCAGAGAAUAGAACCGGAGCUUUCUUAUCAGCUUCAAUCUGUUGAGGAGACCCUGUUCGAGGUGAGGGACCAACUGUCACGCUCAGGAGUGGUGAACUCUGACCUUGCCGUGCCCCUGUUCGACUCUCUGCUGAGAGUUGCCUUGGCUCAGGUGUCUUCAUGCACCGAUACAUCCGAGGAGAAACCAGAGAGGAAGCUCCAGGUGUUUGCUGAGGGGGCGGCUCCAGCAGGAGAUCUGUCCGAGGAGGUGGAUGAGGUGCAGAGCUGCAGCGUCAGGCUCCCGGGGGAGGAGGAGGGCUACGACGCCGAUAGCGAAAGCAACCCAGAGACCAUGAAGCAGCAGGAAGAGGGAGGAAAGCUGGAGCCUGCUGGUUUACGUGAGUUUGCAGCGACAGCGGAGGAUGGGCCGGAGCGCGGCAUGCUGCUGUUCCCUGAGAUUUGCACGAUGGAGCUGCAGCUUCUUGCCUCUGGCUCCCCGGACUUGGAGGUUCUCGGUCAUGUGUUUCACAGCCUACUGGGCGCCGUUCACGCCAACCGCCACAAUGCCGCCUUACUCUAUGAGCAGGGAGGAGUCAAAACCAUCCUUUGCAGCUUUCACAACAUCCUCAGUCAAACAGACCCCUCCUUUAAAGAUUGCCAGACCGUCUUGGUUGAGCUGCUGGUUGCCAUGGUGAGCCAGCGCAUUACGGCAGAGGAGCUGGCACUAUUGAUCCGCCUCUUCCUGGAGAAAACCCCACCCACAGCUGUAUUACUGAAUGGUAUCUUACAAAUUGUUGAAGCCAACAUGGACAUGGAGCCUCUCCACUUCCUGACUUUUCCAAUACUCCAUGGGGUUUCAACACCCGCCGGCUCAUCCCCUGGCUCCAGGCAGGUCAGUGCUGCCGGAGGCAAAGGCGUCAAUCUGCUGUGGAAGGGUAAACUUUCUCCUGGUCGCAGGGAAGGGGAACCAGACUACCAUCCGGGCCACCUUUGGUCUUCUCCAUGGCACAUGGCGCCUCUCCACCUUCCUCUAGUGGGGCAGAACUGCUGGCCCCACAUGGCCCCCGGCUUCAGUGCCUCAAUGUGGCUACGGGUGCCUGAGCUCGCAGAGAAGAGUGCGGACAAAGAAGAAGGCAUCCAUCCUGCAUCAGAGUCCCUUCCCGUUUUGUCUCAGACUGGAACAAAAUCAACAGAAGAAAGCCUCGUUCAUAUUCUCUCCAUGGGCUCCAAGGCACUGAUGCUCCAAGUGUGGGCAGACCUCUCUAAAUGCUCCCUGACAUUCAGGAUUUGUAUUGACCCAAAUGACGAGAUAAAGGCAGGACUGUUGGCACAGGCAGAGUCAGGAGAGGGACUGUUCAAACGAGGGCAAUGGCAGCACCUGGGCCUCACUUACAGCCAGCAGCCAGAGGGCAAGAAGAACAUCCACAGCCGUGUCGUCGUGUGGGUGUGUGGCAUCUGGAAAUGUGAGGUUUUUCUGGACUACACUUUGCCUCGUAAGUCCAGUUUAUCGUCUGACAGUAACAAAACCUUCUGCAUGUUGGGCCAUUGCACCGUAUCAUCUGAGGAACUGGUGAAGCCGACAGGACGGUGGUCCAUGGGCACUGUGCUUCUCUUUAAUGGGUCCAGAAUCGGAUCGGAGGAGGCUUUCUUCCUCUACUCCAGUGGACCAGACCUCACGUCAAUCAUGCCUUGUAAAUACGGCAAGUCGAGUGGAUCAAUAUCCAAGUUCGUCUCCCAAGAAGGCCUUAGGUGUGAACAUGUCAGAGAGAUCCUGAUGAAGAACAAGGACAUCGACACAACAGCGUUGGUUGAAAGCUUGGCUAUAGUCUAUACCCCCAGCAGCCCAAGAGUCUACACAAUAUAUGAGCCUGUGAUCAGACUGAAAGGUCAGGCCAAGACGGUGGUCACCCAGCGGCCCUUCAGCUCCAAAGAGGUGCAAAGCAUCUCCCUGGACGCAAACGCCUUUAGAUCUCUGCUUCCUACUGAAACCCACGGCCUUCAGAGUGUCCUCCACAAGAUCGGAGGAACGGGGAACUUUGUCUUCCUCUUUGCACAGACGGUGGAGCUGAGUGACUGCGAGAAGACCCAGGCUCUGGCCCUGCGAGUGCUGCUGUCUCUCUGCAAGCACAACCAACACCGCAUCCAUGAGAUGGACUGUUACCAUGGUUACUCCAUGAUCCAUCAGGUUCUCAUCAAAUCCAAAUGCAUCGUGGGAUAUCAUAUGCUGAAAACUCUUCUGGACGGGUGUUGCAGUGGAUCGGUUCUCCUCCUUGGGGACGAUGGUCAGUUUCGAUUUGACACUGAGUCUGCGGCUGUGGUUCAGGAUACGAGGCUCCUCUCACAUAUUCUGCUGGAUUGGAAGAUUUGGGCCAAGGCUGAGUUUGGCGUUUGGGAAGCACUACUUGCUGCUUUAGAGAUCCUCAUCAGGGUGCAUCACCCAUAUCAGGUCUACAACAUCCGCCAGUUCCUGAACGCUGAAAUCGUGCAUCGUUUCCUGCUCACCUGCCAGGUGUUACAGGAGCACCGGGACGACCAUCUGACAGCCAUCCCACAGGACGCGUGUUUGUCCUUCAUCAAAAUCAUUCAGGAGGUACUGGGCUCUCCUCCAGACAUGGAUCUACUGAAGCUCAUCUGUAACUUCCUGCUGGCCGUUCACCCGCCCACCAACACCUAUGUUUGCCACACCCCAUCCAGCUUCUACUUCUCUUUGCACAUUGAUGGGAAGCUCUACCAGGAAAAGGUGCAGUCCAUUAUGUACUUAAGACGCUCCAACAGCGGAGGGAAGUCUGCCAGCAGCUCGGUCAUGUCCCUCUCCCCGACGGUUUUCACCGAUGGUCCCCAUGAAGGCCAUCUCCACGCUCCUUCUCCUGAACACGGCGGCGAUGAUCAGUCCUUACGGCCCCCCAGCUUUGGUCUUUCUCCUUACUCCUCACCUCUGGCGACUCCUCGACUCGGCCACGGCAGCUCCAGUGAAGCGACCGAAGGAGACAACGGCUCCUUCACCUCUCAGCAAGCGCUCGGCAGCACAGAGACGCUCAAGAAGAUCGGAGGGGACGAGCAGCUCCUGAGCAGCUGCGAAUCGGCCAAGACGAUCUGUGACUCCAAGGAGAUGGAGGAGGGUUCCGCUCCCCGCACCCCGUCCAUCAGCGUGGAGGAGGAGCGGGACGAAGCAGCAGAGGUUGACAGCUUGGCAGAGGGCAGCGUGGGGGUGGUAGAGUCUGAGGAGUGGGCUGGCGAGGAGGCGCCGCGCCGCCCUGACAGUCUUAAGGGAAUCCAGUCCUUCCAGAGGAGCCACAGCAACCUGACCAGUCUGGGUCUGGCCUUCCCAUUCCCUAAUGGUUCUCUGGCAGUCGCCCGCUGGCCCAGCGCAGCAGACCGAGCAUCCAUGCCUGAAGACUGGGAGAGCUACACCUACUCUCCCGGCUCUGACAGAACUCACAGCAAGACUGAGCCUAACGACAGGUCCAGCACAGAGGAUUGCUUGGUGCUGAUCUGCUGUGGACUCUAUGACCUUCUGAGGGGCGUCCUGCUGCUGCUGCCUGACCUCAUGCUGGAGGAGGUAAUGGACAAACUCAUCCAACCAGAGGCUCUCAUCGUCCUGGUCAAUCAUCCCUCACCUCUCGUCCAGCAAGGAGUCAUGAAGCUACUAGACGCCUAUUUCAGCAGAGCGCUCAAAGAACAGAAGGAGAAGUUCCUGAAGAACCAUGGCUUCUCCCUGCUGGCCAACCAGCUGUACAUCCACCAGGGGAGCCAGGGGCUUCUGGAAUGCUUCCUGGAGAUGCUGUUUGGACGACCCAUGGGUUUAGAGGAAGAUCUUGACCUGGAGGAAAUGGAAAAUAUCUCACCUUUCAGAAGGCGCUGCAUCAUCCCAGUGUUGGGUCUUAUUGAAAACUCGCUGUAUGAGAACUCCUUGGUGCACAACAUCCUUUGUAUGCUGCUGCAGCUCGUCAAUGCCUGCCCCAAGCUGGCAGACAUCCUGCUGGAUCACGGGCUGCUCUACGUGCUCUUUAACACCCUAUCGACCCUUAACGGCAUGGAGAAUGGUAUUCCCCUGAAUGAUUACAAGCUCCUGGUGUGUGACAUCCAGCAGAUGUUAGUCGCUGUGACUAUCCACUCCUGCAGCUCUUCUGGGUCUCAGUACUUCCGCAUCAUAGAAGACCUCAUUACGCUGCUGGGUUUCAUGCAAACCAGCAAGAUGAGACGCACGCAGGAAAUGGCUGUGGCCCUGCAGUUCAGAGUCCUCCAGUCGGCCAUCGAGUUCAUAAAGACGACUGCCAACCAGGAGCCUGCGAAGCUGAGCAGUGCCGUCAACACACCCACCUCUCCGCAUCACGCCAAAUAUCAGAAGCGAAGGAGCAUUGCAGGUUCCAUUGCCAUGAAAGACUCCAUUAUCCCCCGCAUCCCCAGACAGCACUACUGCUCCUUUGGCCAAAUCCCAAUGUUCUCUCCCUUCAGCUUCCUGUCCCAGGACUCCCCCCUCCCCUCCCCCACUGGUACCCCGUCGUACAUGCUCCACUGUGAUGCAGGCCGGCGUCGGUUCUCUCUGGCCCAGACUGACUCCCUCCUGAUGCGGAUGCGCUCCGUAGCCAGCGAUGAGCUCCACCAGAUGAUGCAGAGGAGGAUGAGCCAGGAGAACCCGAUCCGAGCAAGUGAGACGGAGUUUGUCCAACGCCUGCAGAGGCUUGUGGUUCUCGCUGUCAACAGGCUGAUCUACAACGAUGUGAGUGAGGACUUGUUCGACCUGCUAAACAUCCCAGACUCCCCAGACCAUCACAUCUUCACGCCAGAGCCAGGCGAUCAAGCCCACGACGACAGCAGCUCGUCCUCCAUCCCUCACUCUCCGAUCCCUUUUAUUCUUCCCCAUGCGAGCAAGAAGAGUUUUCAGAAGGACAUCCUGAAGCUGAUGACGGAUGGGAUCAAAAUCAGUCUGGGCAGCACUGGUCGGGGUGGAGCGCCAAAUCACCAGUGGCGGAGAAUCCUCUGGUCCUGCAGGGACACAUUCAGGGUGCAAAUCGGCCGUCUGCUAGUGCACACGCUCAGCCCAUCACUUCCACUACAGGACCGAAAAGAGGCGCUUGACUUUGUUUUUGAUCACAAGCAUAUCGAUAUCCUGAAGGAGAGCCUCAGCCCCGGACUAGAGCACGGACCAAAACUGUCACUAUACCUGUACGAGAUGUUGCACGAUCACAAAGACGAGCUCACUAAAGAAGAGCAAAGUGCAGUGGGCGUCUUCAUGACCUCGCUUAAGCUCUGCGGCCAUCGCUGCAUCCCGCCCAACGCUCCACACAAACACGAUCUGCUCAAAGCUAUAAAGGAGGAAAAACUCAAGUAUGAAGCGGAAGAGAAAACGAGUAAAGCUGCGUGGGAAAAGAAAAUGGCUCACGCUCAGAAGAAUCUAAUCCAGAGGCUUGAUGGGAAAUCCAAGGAUAUUUCCAAGAUUGCGGCUGAUAUUACUCAGAAUGUGUCUCUGCGGCAAGGCAUGGAGAGGAAAAAGGUCAUCCAGCACAUCAGGGGUCUGUACAAGACGGAGCUGAGCGCCAGCCGCCACUGGCAGGAGCUGGUUCAGCAACUCACACACGAUCGGGCUGUUUGGUACGACCAGACGUCCUACCCAACAUCAUGGCAGCUCGAUCCCACUGAAGGCCCAAACCGAGAGAGGCGGCGGCUGCAGAGGUGCUACCUCACCAUCCCAAACAAAUACCUGCUCAAAGACAGACGGAAACCUGAAGACGCAGUGAAGCCGCCUCUGUCCUUCCUAUUUGAGGAUAAGACUCACUCCUUCUUCUCCUCCACUGUGAAAGACAAAGCCACCAGCGAGUCCAUCAGGUUCACCAGACGGUGCACCAGUGUCGCCCCCUCCAGAGAGACGGCAGGAGAGUUGCUGCUGGGAAAGUCAGGGAUGUACUUUGUGGAGGACAACGCCGCUGAUGCUCGCGACAGCCAGAUUCUUCAGGGAGAGACGGAGGCGCCAUCUUUCUCCUGGACGUACGAGGAAAUCAAGGAGGUGCACAAGAGAUGGUGGCAGCUGAGAGACAACGCACUGGAGAUAUUUCUGACGAACGGCAGGACGUUGCUGUUAGCCUUCGACAACACCAAGUUCCGAGACGACGUCUACCACAACAUCCUGACCUCUGACCUCCCCAACCUGUUGGAGCAUGGGAACAUCUCAGCACUCACCCAGCUGUGGGGCUCCGGUCAGAUCACAAACUUUGAGUACCUCACCCAUCUCAACAAGCACGCCGGCCGCUCCUUCAACGACCUCAUGCAGUACCCGGUGUUCCCCUUCAUCCUGAGCGACUACAGCAGCGAGACCAUCGACCUGCAGGACACAAACAUCUACAGGAAUUUAAGCAAACCCAUUGCAGUUCAAUCGAAAGAAAAAGAGGACCGCUACGUCGAUAAUUACAAGUAUCUGGAGGAGGAGUACAAAAAGGGAAUCCGUGAGGACGACCCCAUGCCUCCGGUGCAGCCUUACCACUACGGCUCGCACUAUUCCAACAGUGGCACGGUUCUGCACUUCCUGGUCCGAAUGCCCCCGUUCACCAAGAUGUUUCUCGCCUACCAGGACCAGAGCUUUGAUAUCCCGGACCGGACGUUUCACUCGAUGAACACCACGUGGCGCCUGUCCUCCUACGAGUCCAUGACUGACGUGAAGGAGCUAAUCCCAGAGUUUUUCUACCUCCCAGAAUUCCUGGUCAACAGAGAAGGUUUUGAUUUCGGGGUUCGUCAGAACGGUGAUCGGGUGAACCAUGUGAAUUUACCACCAUGGGCGCGCAAUGACCCUCGUCUGUUCAUCCUGAUUCACCGCCAAGCCCUGGAGUCUGAGCACGUCUCCCAAACACUCUGUCAGUGGAUCGACCUGGUGUUCGGACUCAAGCAGAAAGGCAAAGCGGCAGUCCAGGCCAUCAACGUCUUCCACCCAGCUACUUAUUUUGGCAUGGAUGUAUCCGCUGUAGAAGACCCAGUUCAGCGUCGUGCUCUGGAGACGAUGAUCAAAACAUACGGCCAGACACCCAGGCAGCUCUUCAAUGCCACUCACAUCAGCAGGACCGCCCCGAAACUCUUGAUGGAGGGUGAGCUCCCAGCAGCCAUGGGGCUCCUGGUGCAGCUCGCUUUCAGAGAAACACGGGAACAGCCAAAGGAAAUCGUCUGCCCGAGCCCACUGCCCUGGAUCAAAGGCCUAAAGUGGGGUGAGUACGUAGGCUCUCCGUCUGCCCCUGACCCGGUGGUAUGCUUCAGUCAGCCGCACGGGGAAAGGUUCGGAUCCCUGCUGGCCCUGCCGACUCGAGCAAUCUGUGGUCUUUCCCGCAACUUCUGCCUCAUGAUGAUCUACAGCAAAGAGCAGGGUGUGAGGAGCAUGCACAGCACAGACAUCCAGUGGUCGGCUAUCUUGAGCUGGGGAUACGCGGACAACAUAUUAAGGCUUAAGAGCAAGCAGAGUGAACCGCCCAUCAACUUCAUCCAGUGUUCACAACUUCACCAGGUGACCAGCUGUGCCUGGGUGCCCGAUGGCUGCCAGCUAUUUACGGGUAGCAAGUGUGGAGUCAUCACCGCCUACAGCAACCGCUUCACCAGCACCACACCUUCAGAGAUAGAGGUGGAGUCUCAGGUUCAUCUAUAUGGGCACACAGGGGAAGUCACCAGCCUGUUUGUCUGCAAACCCUACAGCAUCCUCAUUAGUGUCAGCGACGACGGCACCUGCAUCCUUUGGGACCUCAACAGACUCUGUUAUGUGCAAAGCCUCACGGGUCACAAAAGCCCAGUGACGGCUGUAUCUGCAAGCGAGACCACGGGUGACAUCGCUACAGUUUGUAACUCUGAGGGUGGAGGAAGCGACCUCCGCUUGUGGACGGUGAACGGAGACCUGAUCGGUCACGUCCACUGCAGGGAGACCAUAUGCUCUGUCGCCUUCUCCAACCAGCCAGAGGGCGUCUCCGUUAACGUCAUCGCUGGUGGUCUGGAGAACGGCGUUGUCAGGUUGUGGAGCACAUGGGAUUUAAAACCAGUCAGAGAGAUCACCUUCCCGAAGUCAUUUAAACCCAUCAUCAGCCUGACGUACUCGUGCGACGGCCACCACCUCUACACGGCAAACAGCGAGGGCACGGUGAUGGCGUGGUGUCGACGGGACCAGCAGCGCAUGAAGCUGCCAAUGUUCUACUCCUUCCUGAGCAGCUACGCCGCCGGCUGACAUCGCAUCUGACUUCCUACGGUCCUCUCCUCAGCUCCUCUUCUUCCUCCUCCUCCCUCUGCUCCUGUCUGCUGCACUGAUGGGGAGGAAAAGAAGCCUCAGCAUGGCCUCCUGCUCUGAACCUGCCCUGACUUUUAAUAAUGUCAUCCCCAGCUGAGCAAACUACCACACCCAGCAUUAAGAAGCGAUAAUGAAAACAGUGUUAUAUGUAUAUAGAUAUCUAUAUUUAUAAGGUGAAGUAUGGGAGGAGUGGAUGAAUUUUUGGCUGCAAAAGACACUUUUUCUUUCUGAGCGUUUCUAACAUCCGUCCUAAACUCCUUGACUCCUUCUGUUUUGUUUUUUUUUUAGCUGAAUCUAUUGCAGUUUUUCCCUGGUAAGCUGCUAAUGUCUGAGCAAAGCCAGAACCAAAAAAAAACAAGUGUAAGGUAGACUCCCGUCUCCCACCUCGGCGGCGCUCGGCUCUCUCACGGCGCCACGGCUGACAGAUUCCUGCCAGAGCUCAGCAAGCAGCGUGUCGUGCUGACGCUGCAGCUCCUGUCACUGCGAGACGCCCCGCUCUGCACGGAGGGGGGGCUGUCGGCCCCGCUCUAGUCUGAGCACCGGUGUCACGGCCCUGCCUCGCUCCGUCUCCCGGCUCUGAAGAGGAACUGCAGGGGAGAUGAGAUGGGAUGAAUUGCACCUUGUGCUGCCUGUUGUUCUGUCCUACUUCUGCAUGCCAGGAUGACGCUGACCUUAACUUUCUGAAUGCGGAUGUGACAUUUACAGUCAUGAGCUCCUCGCCAAACUCAAACCUGGGCUGCAUAUGUCUUCUUGCAUUUACCAAGGCAUAUAUUUAUGUAUUUAUUUCAAGCUGUGGCUCCUGUGUCUCUACUCGCCUUGUCUCAUGGGUUUUCGCUGGAUUUAACCGCUAAAAAAAAUCUUCAUUCUUUUAAAGCGUGCUCUGAAAACUGAGACGCAGCAUUAAAUGCCUCUGGCUGUAGGAGGGUCUGAUUUAAUGAUGCAUGUUUUUGGCCAGCAUUCGAUUAUAAUGCUAUACCUGUGCUGAAAAUAGAGUGUUUUUAGAGUUUUUACAACAAAAUACACAAUUUAUUUAACUUUUAUUUAAAACAGAAAAGCAAAGAUUAUUUCAAAAGGAAGAUUUAGACAGAGACCAACCAGUUAACUUGAGGUAACACAGUUUUUUCUUCUCGCUUUUGCUUGCUUUAUUUAUUCAAUGUAUCAAAACUAAAUGCAUUAACAAAAAUAAAACAAAACGAAUGUACUUUGGUGCACUUUUUCAGUAGAUGAAUAGAAAUCAAGAUAUAUUGAUGCAUAAUUCCAGUAAUCCUUCUGUUAUCUGUUUGCUU